AUGAGUGAUUCAAUAGAAUAUGAUAAAUUGGCCCAAAAUUUCUUGCAAAAGUGGAAAGAUUACAUAUUAUUAUAUUUUAGGAGACCAUCUGAUGCUCAAGAUAUAAACCAUUUCAAACAACUUAUAAGUACGAACCCAAUAGCUAGAGAUAUAGCAAACAAUGCUCGUCGGCUAUGUCAUAUAUAUGACAACCCAGAAUGGCAAUCUAAGGUUUUUGAGACUUUAGAUUUAGAUUUAAUUUACUCAAAUGUAGAUAAAAUGCCUUUGGAUCAUGAGGAUCAAUAUAGCGAUAAUUUAGUGAAAGAAUUACUACGAUAUUUUAAAAAUGAUUUUUUCACAUGGUGUAAUAAACCCAAAUGCAAGCAAUGUGGAGUCGAUUCAUACCAAGAACCAAUUGGAACGACAGCUUCUACGAUUGAGGAACAAAGAUUUCAAUGUGGGAAUGUAGAGUUAUAUAAAUGUCAACGCUGUAAUAAUAUAACUCGAUUUCCAAGGUAUAAUGAUCCAACAAAAUUGUUAGAGACCAAAACUGGUAGAUGUGGUGAAUGGUGUAACUUAUUUAUGUUAAUACUGAGAUCUUUUGGUCUUGAAGCAAGGUAUGUGAUAAAUUUCGAGGAUCAUGUUUGGAAUGAAUAUUAUUCUCCGUAUUUGAAGAAAUGGGUUCAUUUAGAUUCAUGUGAACAAUCAUUUGAUGAACCACAUAUAUAUUCAAUUAAUUGGAACAAGAAAAUGAGUUACUGCAUAGCAUAUGGAAAAUAUGAAGUAGUUGAUGUUAGUAAGAAAUAUAUUGUUCAAAACCAGCUCCCAAGAGAUAAAAUCAGUGAUUCAAAUCUUAAUCUAGUAUGCAGAAUAAUAACAAAACAAUUACAGCAAGGAUUAAAUGAUUCGGAGUUGUAUAGAGUUUAUUGUAUGGAAGAACAGGAUUAUUUAAACUCCAGAGGAAAUACACAAAGGAAAUCCAGUGAAAUACCACGUGAAGAUAGAAUUGGCAGAAAAAGCGGCCCAAAGGAAUGGACUACAAGUCGUGGUGAAGAUGGUAGAACUUAA